AUGCCGCUUGGUCCAACUGACAGCCUUGCGGCGCUACCGUUCUUCGGAAAAGUAAACCGAUCUCAGGCCUUUAACGUACUCCUCCGAGAUGAGUCGACGAUGCCUGACGUAACACUAAUCAAUGACCUUGACCAAGACAUACACAUUGCUUUCUUCGUAGGCGUCCCUGCUAAUUGGAAAAACUACCUCAAACCCGGAGAACGCUGGAGAACGCACCUGGCGAGUCUCCCGCUUCACUUCGAAGCGCGUAGUGUGCAGAGUCACGAGUUCAGCCAUAACGAGUCCUGGGAGAUGUUUGCAACCAUCGGAGGCGCUUGCGCUGCUGGUACUGCUUCAGUAGUAUCAGCAGGUGCUUUACUUGCUGGCGACAUGAUUGCAGGCAUCCCCGUGGUUUCGGUACCGCGCCAGCCGACAAAGAGGAACCUACUUUAACAUCAUUGAGUUUCGUCUCCCGAACCUCCGCCUUCGAGGAAGCCAAUUCGAACACAGCUCAUACAAGCUCAUAUCUGAACUAUCGGGGGUGGGUUUGAUGAACAACCGCGUGCCUUUUCAAGUGCACGAGCAACACU